AUGAUCAAUGUCAUUAACAACAUGUUUAUGGGUCGCUCUAUCGCAGUGCGUGUUAACGGUUCCACAACCCCCUCCCGUAUGGUCUGGAACGGCUUGCCUCAAGGUUCCGUUCUUAGCCCUCUCCUUUUCAGCUUGUACACGUCUGACCUCGGCACUUCAGUCAAUUGCUUCUGCAAAAUCUUGCAAUAUGCAGACGAUAUCGCCCUGUACGCUUGUUCCAAAUCUUUUUCAGAUAUUGAAAGACGCCUCAACUCUGCCCUUUUUUACCUAGACUCUUGGCUUACCGAUCACGGCCUCUCCCUUUCAGCUACCAAAAGCACAGCUGUCGUUUUUUCCCGCAAGAGACGCCUUCCUGAAACUGAAAUACAUGUUAAUGGGGAAAACAUAGAACUGAGGGAAAAAGUAAAAUUUUUAGGCAUUAUUUUGGACUCAAAAUUAUCUGGCAUCCAUCACCUCAACUACAUUUGUCAAAAAGCUGAAAAAAGCAUAAAUGUCCUACGUGCACUUUCUGGUGUUCGUUGGGGAUCACAUCCGUAUAACCAAAAGCUCCUGUACAACGCAAUCAUCAGAAGUCAUUUUGAUUAUGGCGGCCUCGUUCUGGAACCAUGCAACAAAAUAGCCUUGGCUAAGAUGGACAGAAUCCAGGCAAGAUGCCUGAGAAUAAUCACAGUCUAUCUUAGUUUUGGCAUCAUGAAAGAUACCCCUGGAGCAAACCAAGUCUUCAACGAUAUAGUUGAGAGAGAAUGGCAUGACUGGACUACUGUUUUUACCGACGCUUCAAAAUUACACGAACAUGGUGACUUGGGAGCCGCGGUUUGGUUCCCCAAGUUCAAUGUCGUGAUCAAGAUGAAGGAAAAGGAGUUGAAAUAUAUGCUUCGACUUCUUGAUGAUCUUACGGAGGCUGUGUUUGAGGAAUUUCUUCAAUUCUAUGAAGAUGUAGAAGAAUCAAAGCCGUGCAAAGAGUUAUCCGAAGGAGCCUUAGAUUUCGUAAGACAAAACUUGAAAACUAAUCCAGUAACAGUCUCUACAGUAGUCAAGUUUAUUCAAGAACACCUCUCUGAUAAUAAAAAGGCGUUAUAUAAAAUACAAAGUAUUUAUUUGGAAGCUUUAAAAAACGAAUUAAGUCAGAACGAUUGCUCAGACAGAUUAAUAACAUUGUUAUCACUAGUAAGAUGGGAGGACAACUACAUACCUCAAUUUACUCAACAAAUUUUGAAAGUGAUUGCAGAAGAACGUUACAGACAUUUUAGGAAACAAAUUUUAAUUAGUCUCGUGCCUUAUGAAAAGCCUGAACUUUUGAGCAUGGUCUCUGAAUUGAUGCAGAAAAAUGAACCUCAAAAAGAGUUCAAAUUAACGCCCGAAUACAUGCUCGAACUUUGUUAUCAAGACAAAACACAUUGGCUUCUGAAAGCGGCAGAAGUGUACAAACACCAAUUACACGAUUUGAAAAAUAUUACAUUCAAAAUUAAUAAUUUUACCAAACAAAUACUGAUUAUGGUUCUUAUAGAUUUGCCAAAUUGUCCUGAAACGUAUGAUCUACCGUCUCUAGUUCACCAAUUGACCAAUAUAUUUUCCAUUCUCGACACGUACACCAAUGCAGAUGAACAGCUACAUUUUUAUAUUACUGAAGUGAAACGUGAGCUGACUGUGAUAAAGUUUUGUUUGGAAAACAACUGCAAAAUCAUGACAACAUCCAUAUUCAGCCAGGCGCUGAGUCAGAGCGCUCUUGCUGUGAUAUCGCAAGUAUGUAGACUGUCCAAAGUAGAUAGGUAUAAAGUUUCGAGACUUUUGAAUGCGAAUAAUGAUUGCAUUACUGAACUUUUGGGAUGCAGCAAUAAAACACUUCCUGCGGACAAGGAUGACUGCAACUUUAAUUGGGAUGUGAUGACUUACAACAGCUACUGUGCAAUUACUAAAGUAAUAGACACUGUAUUAAAUUCUUCUGAAAGUACUGAAGAUGCACAUGAUGCGACAUUAUCAUUGGAUGAAAUCAAAAGGCUUGUUUUAUCAAUCCAUCCUCUACAUUGUUGUGUUGAAGUCAUUGAAAACAUUUUUUCUUGUCUUUUUUUGAGAUACGAAUACUUUUCGUGUCACCAGGAGCACAAUCAGGAAGUUCCCUGUGGCACUCAUUCUGAAUGUUCUUACUUUUAUGCAAAGAAGCAAAGUAAAGGCUCUAACAAUUGGAAGACUUCCAAUGCUGGGUUUAUGUGCAACUCAUUAACGACACAAAGUGUGCUCAACACCUUGAAAUUAUGUUUAGAAAAGUUGGAAGAAGAUGUUGGUGGUAAAGAAAUCGAUUCCACUGUGAAUAUGAGACUGAAAAAACUGGUUAAAGUUGUGAAUCAUUCCAUAUGGAAACUCCAGUUAGUGUCGAGUUUAUCACCGGAUACAAGUCCGUUGCAGUUAAAGCUUUCUUUAGAUUACGUAGAAGUGGACGAAAGUACCGAAGACGAGGAUCGAGAAGUGGAUCUGAAACCUGCAAGAAAGAAACUCAAAACGCGGAGAAGGCAUACUAACUCCAAACCUGACGACCACGCUAUGUUGGCUUCAACUAUAUCUGCAACAGACGAUGCAUUCGUCUCAACAAAAGGCAACAUCAUAGAUUUCAUAUCCAUCAUGUUGGCAAAACCGAACAGUUUAGUGGCAUUGGCACUCUAUAACAACGAUUUUUCCAAGGCUAAUCAAAUUUUGGAGAUGUUCGAUUUGGCCGAUUCAGAAAUCGCAACCGAAGUUACAUUUACGGAACAGCUUCGUAAUUUAGUAGCGAAGAUAAAGAACAUCAUUUAUUACAGAAACGACACUCGCUACCCAACAAAGGAACUGUCAGCCCUAUCAGUCGUAUCGACAGAGGUUAUGGGCCUGGUUGAAUGUUUUUUAGCAGCUAACAGAGCACCCAAUUCUUUUGACAUUAUUGAACUUGGCGCAAGACAUCCACAUUUACAAUUAUACAGUCAUCAAAACGCUCCUUUCAUGAACGCUGUAGAUAUUUUACUAAGUAGCGGACUUAAUAGAGAAAUCACCUACGGUCUUAUCAACGUCGUAGAAAGAAAACUCGCUGAAGUUCGAAGUUACACAGAUGUAGCCGCUGUUAAAAAAACGAAUUACAUUCGUUUCGUUGAAGACAUUGCAAGUGUCACCUUCGAAAUAUUCGGCAAUACUGAAAAAUCAUUUGAUUUCGUAGAUAACAUCUGUGGUCUGAUCACAGACUGCCGGAUUCCGAUUAAGCAUAAAGAGUUUUGUAAACUCAAUCAACUCGCGAGGGAGUUGCGACAAGCUUGCGAAGAUUUGACUGAUAUCGUUAAUCCAAAUGAAUUUGCUAAAUUGGAUUCAAAUUUGUUACAAAAGUACCACCAAAUUUACAUGAACAUUGUGGCUGCGUCUGAUAAAGAUUUAUACAACAUCGGAGAACUAAGUCACAACGGAAAUAAAAAGACUAGAAUGCAUUAUUUGAGAAUGUGUUACAUUUAUUGUAAAACAGUAUGGCAGCUGGAGCAGGAGGAACGAUUGCCUGAGUCAUGUUCUGACUCACCGUACUUCUCUAUACUUGAACGGCCUCUACACGAUAUAUUCGGAAAAAUGAUCAAUAACAAAGAGCUGCCAGUAACGCACUUGGAACCGAUUUGUAAGAAAUUGAAUGUCAAUUUGAUACCGAAACUUAUAUUGAACUUUUGCCCGUCGAUUACGUUAGUCAAUCCCCAAAAAGAGGCUACCGAAGAGAACUUCAACAAUCUGUUGCAAGCCGUGUAUGAUUUCACAAAUCCUGAAGAGAAUUUAUUCAUUGAACCCCAAACAAACUUCGCACCUUUACCUCGAUCACCCGACCCUCAAUGUUUGACAUACAUAGUCCUACAUAACUGGGUAUUGGCACACAUCAUAAAGAAAAUUCAUACAUCCCCAAAUGAAAACAGUUUGCAACAAAGUAUGGACGCACGAACUAAAUGUCUAAAUAACUACAUGGAGCUAGAUAAAUUCAAUUGCUUGAAAAUUUUGUUCGGAGGGAACAAGUACUUAGCCUCACUUCAUUCAACUAUCGAUUUGGACAAAUUGUUUGUUUACAUGCCGCAGUUGAUAGAGAAAGGGAAAAUAUUAAAGUGUCUGAACAUUAUUGACUCAUUGUCCGAACGUCAGUUGCUGUGCAGUGCGAAUCUGAUGAACUUACGUGAUUUGAUCCUGUUUAAACUGGCGACAAACCCAAUGAUGGCUAACAAUUGGAAAUACUGCCAGUAUUUGAAAUGUCCUGAAUUAAAAAUAGACUUAAUAUUGAACAAUUUGUGCAGUUGGCCUGCUGAAGGUGCUAUUGAAGUCUUGGACUACUUGAGAUUCCUCUUGGAUGUGGAGACUCUGGAUGACGAUUUAUAUAAAAGCUGCACUGACUGGAUGGUCAAGAUACCUUUGUAUGACCAAAUCGCGUCAAUAAUGGGGGUAAAUCACUGGUACAACAUUUUCGAAAAGUCAAUUGAAAACCCAGAGGAAGUAAUUGAAAUACUCAUGGACAGUCAACAGUUUAAACUCUGUUUGGAAUGGGCGGAUGUGCACGAAGUGUCCGAACACAUGAAAAACUUAAUCGUAAUGAAUUUGUUACGACAACUGUUCGAGUAUACAAACCAAGCCACUCCCGACUUAGUAAGAGAACUUCUGUCACGGUUGCCUACCACUCAAGCAAUGGAUCUUGUACAAGAAGAGAUGGCCAAAGUGAGAAACGUGGAAAUACUCCAGGUCUGUGUUGACUUUACUUCUGAAAAUUCAUGUGAUUGGAAGUCUUUCGAAAACAUAAAAAUAGGUCUGCAAAUCAUGCUUGAAAUGGACAUGAACCUCCGCGCUGUUUUCUGGGAACUGAUAGAAAAUCCUUUACUUAUGAUUGAACAAUUGUUAAUGAAUGCGAAAUUAGACUUGCUUGCCAAAAUAAUAAACAAGAUUACUCCAAGUUUAAAGAAAGAUCCGAGUGGGGAUAAUCUGUAUUACAAUAUUAAGUCUAUAGACAGUUUGGUUAUAUCUCGAAACGCGGUAGAUGCGUUGUUAAGGUUUUACGCGGAGAAGGCGUUGGACAUGAAGAAUCCGAGGAACAGAUGUGUUUCGCCGCCGAAGCUGACUGACGAUACGCUGAUGCAGUCGAUAGACUCAAUCAAUAUAGAGUCGGCGGCGAAGCCAUUUGUGAUGCCGGAGCAAGUACCGACAAAGGAGCAAUGGGUACAAGAUUACUCGACUGAUCGCUGUAUGUUGUGUCGCACGACGAUAUUUUCCAUGAUCAUGCGAAGACAUCAUUGUCGUCGCUGCGGGAGACUUGUUUGUCAUGCUUGCUCGAGGCAUAGAAUGCAGGUGCCAACAUACCCAAGUGGAGUAAAGUUUCGUGUUUGUGAAGACUGUUUCACUCAAACAAUGAACAAGAAAUCUAGUUCUGAUCAAGACAUAUUGUUGAGCAGUAACUCCGACUCAGGCGGCAGUGGAGUUACCGCGAUGGACUGGUGUCUCUCAACGAGUGAUAAGAGAAAUGAGGCCGUGCGAGCUGAAUUUACCUACGAGUUUACGCCUAAUGUUACUCUGUGCUUGUCUAUUAUGAAGAUGCAUUCGAUUAAUUUAGAUUAUCCUAGAUUCCUCCUGGACCGCAGCGAUGAAGUGGCUCGAGAGCUAUCGGGAGGCGGGGACGCUCGGUUGCUAGUACGCGCAAGACGCUCGUUGUUGCUUGCCGCUGCGGAACUGUAUUCGAGAACACCACAGGAAAACGGAUCAGGUGCGCUACGAGUGGCGGAAACAGGGGCAGCACACGCGACACGCUGUUUGGCGCACGCAGAUGCCAUGGCCACACUCGUCAAACAUCAAGCCCAUCACCUAGUGCCACGCCAAGGCGCCCAUCCCAGUCAAAUAGUCCGGUCCCUUCUAGAAGCUGAGAAAUGGGAAUUAGCGCUUGAAAUAGCUACUAAAUCUGGUCUACCCAGAAACAGUGUUUUAGCUGCAUGGGGAAAGACGUGCCUCAAGGCGGGAUGCUUCCAACAAGCCAGAGAGAAAUUUGCACAUUGUUUCAAAAACACUAUAAAUGUUUGCUUAGAAGUUGGUGAGGAAUGUGAAUAUGGGAAGGAAGCAAAAGAAAUUUCAGAACCGAUGUAUGUAAAUAGACGAUUGCAGAGUUUGAGGUACUCUGAGAGAUCAAGUUCGAUGUCGAGCAUGCAAUCUGAUGGACGACCAAGGAAUAACCCUCCGCUUUUAAACGAGAUCAUUAGCAUUCUCGAGGAUAUGAACUAUCCUGUGAACCAACAAUUGCUCAACAAGGCUGAGACAAUGAAGUCGACAAACGAAAAACUAAUAACGAUGAACACUAGUAAAAAGAAGAUCCCAAUCGCCGAACCGGCGUUAAACAUAAUGCACACUUUGGCCAGCGUAAAGAAGAUAAAACAAGGCGACUAUAGUGACUUCCAAACCGCCACUGUUCCACCUAAGAAGAGUUUAGCACAAGGCUUAUUGAGAAGAAACAACAACCACAACGAACCAAAAAUAGACCAUACAAACAAAAGAUUGGAUCCUUUCUUCUAUAAACAAUGUGUGUACUACCUAAGCAAUUACGGAUCUCACGUGGCAAAUAUAGCGUUUUAUAUGAAACACAGUAAUAUGACAGAAGUGAUUAAGUACUGUUAUGAUAACUUAGUCGACAAAGAGACGUUCACUGAAGCCGUUUACAUGGAAUGCUUGAAGAAAGACAAAGUUAAUGAUUUACUGAAGGCUAUGACCGACAUGGACGGUACUUUGGAAAUGUGGUCGGAGUACAUAAUGCACAUCUGUCGAACAUUAGAAAUGAGUAAAAAAUUGGACGCUUUAUACACGUUUCAAUGCGGUAGCUCCCAACAUGCUCGCGCGUCUGCGACAUGCGCCCUACUGUACUCGAGGCCUGUACCCCAUGGGCCGACACCGUUUGCGACACUACAAAAUCGACAACAUCAUUUGACUGCUGCUUUGCAUCAUUUGAGUCAGUGUGUACCUGUUGUUAACAAGGUAAACGACCCGAAAUCUUUACACUUCCACCUCGACAAAGCAACUAUCGAUAACCUAAUGACUACAAUGACCCGGCAAAUAGAAGUGGCCAAGUACCUUGCAGCCUGUGAGGCCGCCGGCCGGCUGAACGAAAAAGUUCUCAUUGAAGUUAUACCUCUGCAGAAUGUAAGGAAGGAGUCAGAAACCAAUGAUUUCAGACCUCUGACAUUGUUUGGAUCCAAUACAGAUAAAAUUAGACUGGUCGCAGUUAUUUUGGCAACAGGACAGACUAUCGAAGGUGGAUUCGAACUGGCUUUCAAGAUAAUAACAGAACACAAGUUGGAUUCGAUGAACAUUUACAGGCAUGUGGCGCGAUAUUUGGUGCAAGUAGACAGGUUUAGGGAAGUCAAGACACUAGCCAAGUGUAUCAGAGCCUCCAAAGAAACUGCUGCUAGUUUAAUGAGUGAUCAAGUAUUAGAGUCAGGCGUGAGCGCCAUAGUUGCGCGGUGCGAAUCACAUGGCCAGCUGCAUGAUGAACAGGCUGAACUACUCAUUGGCGACAUUCACAGCAUUGCUAUCAAGAUCUCGUCGUACCUAGUAUGCCGUAACGUAAGCAGCGCGUACAUCCUCGCAGCGCGCCACGAAAGAACUAACGACUUGCGACGUGUGCUGCAAGAGGCCGAACGCCUCGCCAACGAACAAGUGCGCAGUGCCUGUCUUAAAAGGCUUACUUCUAAGAAUGUUUUGUAGCAUAGUUCUCUUCUUUGUGUGAGUGCAGUGAAAGUAAUGAAAUUGUCUUGUCUAGUCUAUAUUUUUCCAAUAUUGCUGUCUUGUCAAGUAAUACUAUUGCCGCAUUUCUAAAGUUGUUUGCGCUUAUUUUCUCAGCUCUUUGAAGAAAAAUAAUAAAUUAUUUGGACAUGUAAGAUUUUUGUAUGGACGUUUGGAGAAACUUAAGAAAAAUAUGAUAAUGCGGACUUUUUAAAUGUGCAAUAAAAAGUUAUUUUAAGGAGACAAAUUCAUUUUGGAUGUUAAAAAAGUGACUGAAUAUAAAGAAAUUGUAAAUACCUAUACUUGAAUCAUACUCAUUUAUAAACUUUAUCAG